UGGCAGACUCCGCCCCGGGAGCACCUCCAGCUGACGGUCUGCCUGUGCGCUGCCGAAUGUUUGGAAUUGUUGUGAUGGGAGGCCGCAGCCAUCUUGGAUGAGCGCCGCUCCGCACCGAGCACCAACGGUCGACGGUGACGGCGGAGCAGCCAGCCAGCCAGCUAGCUAUCGUUAGCUGCUGCGCGGAGAGAUUAACCUCGCCUCUUGUUGCGACUAUGCUUUAUUUGCGCCUGCUCUGUAGUCGACGCAUUGUGUGCGCAAAAAUGGGCACAAGUAGUUUUAAACGUUUUGCGGCUAUAAUUUAGAAAAGGGAAAGGCGUUGCUGAACCUGGGUAUAUUUUUACAUUUCUGGAUAGAGGAGUUACUAUGAAUGGAGGAUAAAUGUUGCCGAAGGCUGACAGCAGCAGUUUCGUCCUCCUCUUCUCUCUUCUCUUCGUUCUCACACUAACGGACCCACCACGGACAGGUCCACGGCUAGCUCUGGCAAGAUUAUUGUCAGAGCAGCGCUGCAACACUGGGCAGUUCGCCUGCCGCAGUGGGAAGAUGCAGUGUAUCCCGAUGUCCUGGCAGUGUGACGGCUGGACAGCAUGCGAGGACAAAAGCGACGAGAUGGACUGUCCCCUUAUAAAGGCGGAGAGGUAUCGCUUUGAGAAUGGAUACGAGAACGUAGAAGACGUCAUCGGCGUGGCUCAGCCGGUUCGCUUCAACAAGAAGUGUCCCAACGGCUGGCAUCACUAUGAGAAGACGGCCAGCUGCUACAAAGUCUACCUGAAGAACGAGAACUACUGGAAGGCCGUGGAUACGUGCCAGAAGGUUAAUGGCUCCUUGGCUACGUUCGUGACCAGUGAAGAGCUCCAGUUCAUACUGGAGAUCGAGCUGGACUUUGACGACAAAGUGUGUGAGCGCAGAGAACAGUGCACGUUUUGGGUGGGCUAUCAGUAUGUGAUCACCAAUCGAAGUCACACCUUGGAGGGCCGUUGGGAAGUGGCUUCCAAAGGGUCCAUGCAGGUGAUUUGGCCGCCUGAGGGCCUGGAGAAGUUUGGGGAGACCUCUCCCUCUCAGGACAACGUCUUCUGCGCCCAGCUGCAGCGCUUCCAGAGCAAGAGCAUGAAUGAACACGGCCUGCACAGCUGGGACGCUGAGAACUGCUACAAGAAGUUCCCGUUCCUCUGCAAGAGGAGGCAAACAUGUGUAGAUAUAAAAGACAAUGUAGUAAAUGAGGGCUACUACUUCACCCCGAAGGGGGACGACCCGUGUCUGAGCUGCACGUGUCAUGACGGCGAGCCGGAGAUGUGUGUGGCGGCGCUGUGUGAGCGGCCACAGGGCUGCACUCGCUUUCAGAAGGAUCCCAAAGAAUGCUGCAAGUUCACCUGCCUGGAUCCCGAUGGAAGCACUCUGUUUGACUCGAUGGCCAGUGGGAUGAGGCUGAUCGUCAGCUGCAUCUCGUCCUUCCUCAUCCUGUCGCUGCUGCUCUUCAUGGUGCACAGACUUCGUCAGAGAAGACGCGAACGCAUCGAGACUCUGAUCGGAGGCAACUUGCACCACUUCAACCUCGGAAGACGAGUGCCGGGCUUCGACUACGGCCCAGAUGCCUUCGGCACCGGUCUCACUCCUCUGCACCUGUCUGAUGAUGGCGAAGGCGGUGCUUUUCAUUUCCAGGAGCCGCCUCCGCCGUACGCCGCCUACAAAUAUGCCGACAUCCAGCACCCAGACGACCCCCCUCCUCCGUACGAAGCCUCCAUCAACCCAGACACCUUCCUCUACGUGGACUUUGGACACAGCGGAGUCUCUGUGGUGCCGAGCCAGAUGAACUCUCUGGGCAACGGGCUCGAGGCCGAACUUCCCAACUCCCCCGCUCCAGCGCCCGUUUGUGUGCCAUCGUCUCAAGAGAGGGAGGACUCCAUAGACAGCAGCACCCUCCUGGUGGGCCCUGACACGCCAACAGAUGGCCACGCCCCCGCCCCUCUGCCCGCAGACUGCACGUCCUCCCUCAGCACUGUGGUAUAGGAGCGAAGGACAGAGCCGCACCCGGAUCUCACUAGUCAGAACUGCAGGCUGUUGAUGUCGGCUGCAGGGAACACACUUGUAUUUUGUACAGACGUAUAAGAAGGAGCGGCGACUGUUUUCUUACAGCGGGGUUUUUCCUUCUGAAGACGAAGUGUUUGGUUUUGUUUGCUUUUUGAAGACACUGGCAUCCGAGGGAGCAGCGAGGACUGAUUCUGUACAAAAAAACCAAAAACAUCCCAAUAAUUUGACAUGGCUGCACUUCUUGUUUUGUUGCCGAGAAGCGGCCUAAUUGGGUGAAACCCCGUCUGCUGUAAAUGCUCCCUGAGGUUCAGACUUCAUACCUGUGUGUUUCAGUCCUGCACAGCAUCAAACUACCAACCCAGCUUUUGUUCCUUGUACGCUUUUUGUUGCGUCACACUUUGAAACGGCAGCGUCUUUACCGAUCUCCAAACUACUAUAGCAUCCACACUGUCUGCUGCAGCAUGACCUAGAGCUGAUGAAAACCUUCAUUUUUACAAACCGAUCUAAGGAGCCGUCUUCCAGAUUUAUAGCGCAUAUGUGCAGAAGCAGAUGUUUUAUAGCUCAGAAGGUGUCUGCUAGUCUACUAUCGUUGGGUUUUUAUCGGGUUAUGCUGACAAAAAGCUUUAGAUGUCAGAAGAUGCUGGUUGUUUUCAGUUUGGUGUUACGUUUGUUUAUUAAUUUAUGACUGCAGGCUGUAAUUUUGGUUGCUUGUUGGAAACGUGUAAGCUGAUGGGUAAAGAUUAGAGAUGAAGGUGUUUCAUAAAAGGAAAAAAAUUGAUUUAAAAGAUUUCUCCAAAUAUGAAUUAAGUCAUGCUAACAUUCAAAUGAUGUACUAUUUGUGGUUGAGCCGUUGUGUACAGUCUUCACGCAUUGAUUUGUGAGGUAAGCUCAUCGACUGUCGCUUCCUUUCCAUCCCAGAAUGUGCCAACCAGGCGUGGGCUGGCAUAACGUUUUCUUGGUAACGUAAUUUUAGUAAAAACAUGCAUGUCAAGAUAUUUUCAUGCAACUGUGAAACAAAAAGGCAGCGUACAGCGUGAUCUUAAUGGUUUAAUUAAAAACAUAUCUUUGUGUUGCUAAAACAAUCUGAGAUAUAUAAUAUUAUCACAGUUUAAACUGGCUUUAUUCUAAAAUAUUAAACGGAGAAUAAACACAAACUACAUAUAGCAGCAGCUUUCAGCCAAACAUGUCGAUUGUUCACAAUGUUCCUAUUUAAUCAUGUAAUUCUGGAUGAGUGUGGAAAAUUCUUCAUGAUAUUAUUAAAUCAAGGUGUGAGGUUUCCCCAUAAAAAGACUUUUUGCAUUGGCAUGCAGACAAAUAUUGACUUGCCACUCUAAGGCCUGACCAGCUAUAAAAGCAAACUCAUUCAAAAGUUAAUAAAUUAGAAAUAUUUACAAAUAACCUGAUUUGUUGGUUGUAUAAUCCAAGGAUAAAUGAAAAACAUGUGGUUUUUAAAAUUGGCCUUUAGAUGCCAGAAAAGCAUUAAUUACAUUGAUUUCUGGAGAUGGAUCAAAAGCUUUAGAGUCUUUAUUUCAUUACUGUACACAUUAAUGCUCAAUUUAAAAAUCCAUGUUUAUUUGACUUUGAAAUGGAGAUAAGUUUGUUCAGUUUCCAAAAAAUAUAGUGAACUAUCCCUUUAACACACUGCUGAAUUGUAAACCGACCAAAUAAUAAACCUCAACCUGGUCAAUGUGUUUUUUACUGAAAUGUUCAGCCUGUCAUAAAAUCUACCAGGAAAAAAAUAAUAAUUUUGAAGUGUAAACUUUGUUUAUGAGUGUAGAAUAUUUGAGCUUUUUGCCCAGUUUAAAAACUCAGAAAACUGAUCAUUAUCAGAUCUGUCUAGCCUGCAGUCCGCUGCUUAACGUACAAGGCUGGCUUACUAGUUUUAAAUCAAAAAUAUUUCCAAACGGCCUGAAUUCUUGUCCUUUAAAAUCCAAGCACAAGUUUAGUUCCUCAGCUCUACCUCCGUCUCUGGCAUCUUAUUAAAGGGAAUUAAAAUGGGUGGCCAGCCCAUGCCUGCGUUGAAACCUCUGCAGAACGUGACGGUUUCUGCAAAACUGUUGCUGUUCUUGUUUUGUCAUUUUCUCUCUUUGAUUAAAUGUGUAUUUAAAAAAAAAAAAAAAAAAAAAAGUACGUUUGGAGCUAGUAAGACGACAAUCGGAUACAUUCGAGGAUGGAUUCGACGGAGUUGGAGUUUUUUUUUUUUUUGGAGUUUCCUCCAUCACCACCAGCAGCGUCCAAACUCAUGAUCCGCCCCCAAAAAAUGGUUUAAAAUGUCUGACUCCGCAUCUCAUGUUCGAAUGUACUGAAUAUAAAUAUAUAUUACAUGACUUUUUGUGCUCAUCUUUAACAAAUUUCUUUGUUUUUAUUUUCUACUUUUUGCGUCGACAAUCCACAGUGGAUUAUCCAGCAAACAGUCGUGUUUUCAUACGCUGCCAAACGUGAGCAUGUGUGUUUAACAGAUGGUGUUCGGUUCUGUUUGCACCCUCUUUGUUUUGGGUUUCUUCUUGCUUUAUGUACCUUUUGGUGCAUGUUUUCUAUGUGUUGGCAUGCUGAGAGAUAAUUUUAGCACAACAGUGUACAGUAGAUUUAAAGGCUCAUACAUGUAGUUCAGCGUUUUGUAUGAACUGAAAGCCGAGGUGGGGGGGGGAGGGAUUGUAAUGCAACUUAUGCUACAUUUCAUUGUCUCUUAUUUGACAGCCCUUAAAUUAAAAACGGGGGGAAAAAAAAAACAAAGCUUGUGUUUUUCUGACGUGGAUCUACAUCUAAUCUUAAUAAGCUUCACUGCGAAAUCCGAGCCGGGGCCACGAUCCAAACUUUAUGCUGGAGCCUAUUCAGACGUGACAUUCAUCCUCUUCAAUUUUUUUUUUUCCUUCUUCGUCAAGGAAAUCCCUCCACCUGACCAAAUGUCAGAGAGAUUUAAGGUGGAAUGCAGGGAAAUCCCCCUCCCCACCCCGACCUAAACAGUGAGACGGGGGGCGCCCGGAGAUUUAGAUGAUUUGAAGUAAGCGAAUAUGAUGCAGCUCAGAGUGCAGCAGAGAGUGAUACCCAGCUGGAGAGUGUUGUCUGGGAUGAAAGGAGGCUUUGUCCCCCCCAAACCCCGACGGAGCAACGAGUGACAGAAUCAGGAAAUGUAUUCCUGAUCAGAGAGACUUGAAGCGCAACGCUCAACGUUCAGCUUAACAGGUUUGUGACGAGAAUGGAGUCAAAUUACAAAGCUGAGCAUUCAUUGGGUUGUUUUUAAGGAUCAGAAAUAAAAAU